CAGCCCCGGUCCUACGCUACGACUGUGAUAGGUCAGGUUUCAUUGCAGCGGAGUCUCCUUCAGCUCGUCCUCCAACGGUGCCGCUUGCCUCGCCCAGUGCGGUUUGAGGAACAUCGCUCCUAAAAAGUCACUUUAGUCCACCUUGAGCCAAAUCUACCACCGAAACGAUGGCCGUGCCUCCUUCAUACGCUGAUCUGGGCAAGUCCGCAAAGGACAUCUUCAACAAAGGCUACGGUUUUGGCCUGGUGAAGCUUGACGUCAAGACCAAGUCAGCCAGCGGAGUGGAAUUCAAGACAUCGGGUUCCUCCAACACGGACACCAGCAAAGUUGUUGGCAGCCUGGAAACCAAGUACAAGCGGGCCGAAUACGGCCUGACCUUCACCGAGAAGUGGAACACCGACAACACCCUGGGAACAGAAAUCACCAUCGAAGAUCAGAUUGCCAAGGGACUGAAGUUGACCUUUGACACAACCUUCUCCCCAAAUACUGGCAAGAAGAGCGGCAAGGUCAAGACCGCCUACAAGCGCGAGUACGUCAACCUGGGCUGCGACGUGGACUUCGAUUUCGCCGGCCCCACCAUCCAUGGAGCGGGCGUGGUGGGCUACGAGGGCUGGCUGGCCGGUUACCAGAUGACCUUUGACACCGCCAAAUCCAAGAUGACCCAGAACAACUUUGCCAUUGGCUACAAGACGGGAGACUUCCAGCUGCAUACCAACGUAAACGAUGGAGCUGAGUUUGGAGGGUCCAUCUACCAGAAGGUCAGCGACAAGCUGGAGACGGCGGUCAACCUGGCAUGGACCGCCGGCAGCAACAGCACGCGCUUUGGCAUCGCCGCCAAGUACCAGCUGGACAAGGAUGCCUCCGUCAGCGCUAAGGUGAACAACAACAGCCUGGUGGGGAUCGGCUACACCCAGACUCUUAGACCAGGUGUGAAACUCACCCUGGCUGGCCUGGUGGACGGGAAGAACAUCAACGCCGGAGGCCACAAGUUGGGUCUGGGCUUGGAACUGGAAGCCUAAAGCGUUUCCUCCCGCACUAAGAACUCCGGAAUAUCAGAAGCAACAUUUGGCCUUAAGGUUAUUUCCCAACCAGCAAGCGGGGGACAUCUUGAAGAGAUCGGGUUCAAAGGCUACAACAACAAACUCUGAGCACGGCGUCACGCCACUGCUUUUCUUUGUAUUAUUUAUAUCUUACAUGUAAUCAUGUUCCUGUCCGGCACCGCCACCAAAUGCCCGACCGCACACGCCUCCUUCCUUGUUCAAACACCCUCUGAUAUUCCUCAGUUUUAAGAAUACACCAGGCUUCCCUUCCCUCCUUGCCGCUCACACCACCCCAGCUGAAGCUCUGCCCCCCCUCGGCCAUCACAACCUACAACAAGGCAGUUUUUGGGUUUGUGUUGGCCGAUCGAGCGAGCAAAUGCAUUUGGGAGUUCUUCAAAAGCCAAACUAUGAAAUCUCAAAGAGGAGUUAAGCGUAAGUCACCUUCUACACGGAGCUCCUUUUGUGUAUGCUAACUUUUCAAUAAAGUCUUUCAACUCCGA